AUGGAAUGGUGCAAUCAAAACACUUCUAUCAAAUACCUUUUCAAAUAUAUUAAUAAAGGGUCCGAUAGAAUUUCAGCAAUCAUACAAGGCCAAGACAAAAACAACGUUGAGGAGAUCAAACAAUAUUUGGAUUGUCGAUACAUCUCCCCAAGUGAAGCAUGUUGGCGGAUAUUUUCUUAUUCUAUACAUGGCAGGAAACCAGCUGUAGAAAGAUUGUUUUUUCACAUGGAAGGUGAAAACUCCGUGUACUACAAAGACUACGAGCAGGUUGGUGAUGUGUUGCUCAAACCAAGUGUAACGGAGUCCAUGUUUACGGCUUGGUUUGAAGCAAACAAAACUUAUGAGGAAGCAAGAUUACUAACUUAUGGUGACUUUGUUUCUAAAUUUGUUUAUCACAAACGAAGUCGAAGUUGGAAACCAAGAAAGCGAGGGUAUACCAUUGGGAGACUGAUUUGGGUUCCGCAAUCCACUGGCGAGUUGUUUUAUUUAAGGAUGAUGCUUACCGUCAAGAAAGGUCCGUUAUGCUAUACAGACAUCAAAACGGUUGAUGGUAAGAAGUGCAAAACUUUUAGAGAUGCGUGCUUUGCGAUGGGGUUUUUACAAGAUGAUCGUGAAUUUGUCGAGGCAAUCAAAGAGGCGCAUCUUUGGGGGUCGGGUCCUUUUUUACGCAAACUAUUUGUGACAAUGUUGCUUUCGGCAUCCAUGAAUAGACCUGAACAUGUUUGGAGAAAGACUUGGAGAUAUUUAUCGGAUGGCAUUCUUUAUAAUCAACGGUUAUUCGCAAGAGAUCAAGGUUUGACCAUGAGCGAUGCCGAGCUAAAGGAACGAACACUAAUGGCUAUUGAAAUACUAUUGCAAAAUAAUAACCGUAGUUUGAAGGACUUCAAACCAUUGCCAGUUCCAAAAGAGGAUGUCGUUUUCUUUACCGGAAAUAGAUUACUUUAUGAUGAACGUCAAUAUGAUGUUGUUGAACAACAACAAAUUUUUGAACAUUCGUCUGCUUCUUUUACAGAUGAACAAAGAGGAAUUUUCGAGGAAAUCAUGGAUGCUGUUGAGAAGCAGCAAGGUGGUGUUUUUUUUCUGUAUGGCUACGGUGGGACUGGUAAGACCUUUAUGUGGAAAACUUUAGCAGCAGCACUUAGGUCUAAGAAAAAAAUUGUGUUGCCUGUUGCUUCAAGUGGGAUUGCAAGUUUGUUGUUACCAGGUGGAAGGACAGCUCAUUCUAGAUUUAAGAUUUCGGUUCCUACUUUAGAAAAUUCUAUUUGCAACAUUGAAAAACAAGAUGAUCUUGCUGAGCUUCUAAAGAUGACAGAUUUAAUUAUAUGGGAUGAGGCUCCUAUGGCUAAUAAAUUUUGCUUUGAAUCUCUCGACAAAUCCUUGAGAGAUAUUAUGAGUGGAAUCCCACAUGCAUCUAGGAAAGUUUUUGGUGGUAAGGUUGUUGUGUUUGGUGGUGACUUCAGACAAAUUCUCCCAGUUAUACCAAGAGGAACUAGAUCAGACAUUAUCCAUGCAACAUUAAAUGCUUCUUAUAUUUGGGAUCAUUGUAAGGUCUUGAGGCUUACAAAGAACAUGCGCUUGCAAACUGGUGAUAAUGCUUCUUCUACAGCUGAUGACAUAAGGAGCUUUUCUGAGUGGAUUUUAAAAAUUGGAGAUGGGACCAUGUGUGAGCCAAAUGAUGGUUAUGCUGAUAUUUGUAUUCCAGAUGAGUUCUUAAUUUCUAACUUUUCUGAUCCCAUCAAGGAAAUUGUUGAAGAUACAUACCCUGAUCUCAUUCAUAAUUAUCUUGAUUCCAAUUUUCUACAAAGUCGUGCAAUCUUAGCUUCAACAAUUGAAGUUGUUGAUGAUAUCAACCAAUAUAUCACAAAUCUGCUUCCAGGAGAAGAAAAAGAAUACUUUAGUAGUGAUUCUAUUGAUAAAUCUGAUGCAACUAGCUUUGAUGCAUAUGAGCAUGUGACACCUGAAUUCCUAAAUGCUCUCAAAACUUCGGGAUUGCCUAACCAUUCAAUCAAGUUGAAAGUUGGUGCCACUAUUAUGUUAAUGCGCAAUCUAGAUCAGUCUGAAGGAUUGUGCAAUGGUACAAGGUUAACUGUAACCAGGCUUGCUAAUCAUGUUAUUGAAGCUAAGAUCAUUUCUGGAAAAAAUAUUGGUAACUUAUUUUAUAUUCCUAGAAUGUCUCUAUCCCCCUCACAAUCCCCAUGGCCCUUUAAAUUGGUAAGACGCCAGUUUCCAAUUAUUGUUUCCUUUGCCAUGACUAUUAACAAAUCUCAAGGGCAAUCACUUGAUAAUGUUGGUUUGUAUUUGCCUAAAGAAGUUUUUAGUCAUGGGCAACUAUAUGUGGCUAUCUCAAGAGUCAAAUCAAAAAAGGGUUUAAGGAUUCUUAUUCAUGACAAAGAUAAACAACCUAUGAGCUCUACCACUAAUGUUGUACAAACAUUCACUUCAUUUUUGAGAUUCAGGCUGCAGGCAAUGUUGUAUUCAAACAAUUGUUCCGUAACAUUUGAGAGGAAUUUGGCAUAUCUUAAAAAUAUUACCCGUGCGGCAGCACGGGUUUGUUACUAG